GUAAUUUGGAAGAUGAAUUUUUUGUUUUCAUCAUAUUCAUUGGAAAAGAAUUAAAAUUAUUAGUUGCAUUAUUAGUUAAUUAGCUGUGUUAUAAGUGUCAACUUUCAGUAUGGAGUCCUUUUUCUUAUAUGUUUUGAUAUUAGCUUUAUUUAUUUAUAUUUUAUUAACAAGAAUUAUACCAAAAACAAUUGGAUUUCUGUUAAUGAAGCUCACCAGUAUAAAGAUCAGAUUCGGUAGCAUUUCCCUUUCAAAGGCACGUAAUGUUCACAUCCUAUUUAAAGGGUUUGAAUUACAAAUCGAAGAAAUUGCCUUGAAAAGCAAUUUAUUCAACUCCGACAUCAGUAAUCCAGUGCAAAUAUUUAUCAAAGAUGUUAGAAUAAAUAAAAAUAUCGAAUAUAAUGAUGAGAUUUUGGAUCGUAGACCAACGUCAUCAUCAAAUGAACCAAUCAAACAGAUUCCAUCAGUUCUCGUUACGUUUUUUCAGUUCACAGGAAUCAACGUUUCAAAUAUUUCUUUUAUUCUUCUUAAUAGUGCAAGUGAACCAGGUUGGUGGUUGCAUUCUUCAUUAAGAGAAUUUAAUGUCGAUGGAAGUGUCGUCAGUAGAACGAAAACUUUAACAUUCUCAUUCAAUUUGAAAGAACUUCAGAUGAAAAUGCUUAAACAUAACAACAUAAAGAAUUUGCAGCCUUGCUUAGCUGAAAUAAACUUAAACUUAACACUUGAUGGCUCGUUUGACCAAAGUCGAUGUUUAUCAUUUGAAAAGCUUCAAGUUGCAUUAGAGAACAUGAAAUUGGCGGUCUAUGGAGGAUUUUAUGAAUUUAUUAAAGAUAGAAAAGUGCAAAAAAAUACUCUCGAUUACCAAUUUGAACGAUUUGACACAGGUGAAGAUGAAGAAGUCGUACAUGCGACUUUUCAUCAAAAGUUGGAAAAGUUUUCACCUCUCAUCCCCAAACAUCUCUCAGUUGGAAUUCAAAACACUUCGUUCUCAAUUAUUCGUGAUGACACAUCACAAAUUCAUGAUUAUCUUGCUAACAUUAGCUCAGUGAACCUUAAUUGGAAGUUGAGUUUCCUUAUUGAUGGAAAUUCACCACUUAAACUUGGAUCAACAAGCAUCAGUUAUGAACUGAAUGAAUUAAAUAUUGACACGUCAAAUGAAAGAUUUCUUGUUCUCGAACAACACAGCAUCGAUUUUAAGUUUAACAAUGAAAUCAUUAACAUCUACACAAAACUUAAAUCAUUUACAUUAACUUACAAUCAUUGUGAGAUCAUCGAUUGGAUUCGAAAGAAUUUAAGGAAUUCUCAAAUGAUCAAUAAAAAGUUGCAACUUAAGGAAGCAUCAACAAAGGGAAUUUCAACAGAGACUUUUGAGAAGCUUUUUGGAAAUUGUGUGAUAAAAUUAUGUGUUGAAUUAUGGAAUAUUUCAACAAUUUGCCAAUUAUCAAACAAUCAAGUGUCGCUUCUUAACUUAGCACACACUCAGUUGUUAAUGAAUCAAUUGGAAGAGAUAAAGAAAAGUGAUUUGAAGUCAAUGAACUUUUUAAACAAGAGAAAUUGGAAUGCUGAAAUAAUGAUUGAGUCAUUCUGCUUUUAUCUCGAUUCAAAUGUUAGAAACAUUAGUGGAAGUAAUUUAAAGAAGACUCAUGUUCGUGGGAGUGCAUUUUAUAUUGGAGUUUUACUUAGUAAAAUCUCUGAUUAUGGAACACAUAAAAAAAUUGAAUUAACAGCACACACUUUCAGAACUGAAUUCAGUAAAGCACUUUCGAAUUUUAUUGUUGAAGCUGUGAAAUGUUUCAAUGAAAUUUCUGCACUUCGAAGUGAAAGAAAAUCAACGAUGAAAAUGAAAACAAAAGAAAAUCUUUUCAAGUCAAUGAUUUCUGAUGAUAAAAUCGUCAUCAACUUCAAAGUUACUGACAUCACAAACUUCUUUAUCAAUCAUCAUGACAUGUGCAGUUUCUUCAAUCUUCCUGAGAUAAAAAUUGCUUUGUCACCAACCAAACAAAUCAUUGAACUUGAAAGAAUGCAAAUGUCGUUUGUUGAUUUCUCUAAAAAUGCAUCAAUCAACAAUUUAUCGGAAUAUUCGAAAACUUUCAUUGCUACAAAAAUUGUUCGUAUUGAGAGAUCGCAAGAAGAUAACAUUUUAUUUAUUUACAUUGUCCAUAAUGUUGAAGUCAAUUGGUGUCCCAACACUCACAUGCAUUUAUUUACACUCUGCACAGAGAUUCAAGAACUUUCCAACUCAAUCUCAGAGGUUCACAAACAUUUUACAAACAAAGUUCCACCAACUGUCACUGACAAUUCUUCAACUGAAAAGACAUCACCAAGAAAUAUCCCAAAAAUUGAUUUAUGUGUAAAAGAAGAAUUUUCAUUCGCAAUUGACAUCUCAAGUCGACAUACAAUGAGUGGAAAAGUUGGAAAUAUUUUCGUAUCAACAAAGAAAGGCUGCGACAUUUCAGUUAAAAAUGUUCAAGUGUCAAUCGAUGAAAUGAAAAUGUUUGAAAUUGAUGACAUUGUGAUAAAUUCAUUAGAUGAAUUGAGUGUCUUAACAGAAGAAAGGAAACACUAUGAACACUUUAAGCUUGCAAAGAACAAUGUUUGGGCUGUUAAAAUUGGAGCUUUUAAAGGAAUUUUUCCAUACGAUCACGAUUUCUCGAGUGCAAUCAAAGAUGAGUUUGUGAGUAUUUACAAAUGGCUUAAGAUUCUUCACAAUUACAAGAAAUCACCGUUCACUGAAAAUUCUCCACUGCCCCGUGAUCUCAUCAUACAAAUCAAUGAAUUCCUUCUCGAAAUGAGUGACGAUCCAUUCGAAGUUAAACUUCGUGAUAAUUACGUUUUAUUGUUAGAUGAAUAUAAUGAAAGCUUAAAACGUAAGAAGACACUUGAUCAAAAAAUCAACGAACUAAGAUCACAGCGUUUGCUUCUUCCUGCUGGUUAUGUUGAGGAACUUAAUGAGAAGUUGAUAAAGAAGAAUUCAGAAAUUUACAUCGAUCGAUCAAAGAAAAUGUACGAAACGCCACCAAGAACCCGACUUUUCGCUUGGAUCAUGACAGAUUUGAAGCUUUAUUGUCUUGACGAUCCAUCAAUUCAUGGAUAUGACAACGUCACUAAAACAAUGCAAGAAAUUGACGAGGAAACGCCUUGGCCUGAUGAACCAAUGGAGUUUGUCACAUUGUGGUGUCGCGCAAUCAACUGGUCAUGUGCCGAAUGGAAAUUCAUGUUGCGUGACUAUCCACAGCCAAUGUUUCAUGUCACAUCAAUGCACAUGUUUGGUCUUUUAUGUGGUGCGGAACAAGUUGCAUCGAAACGUGCGAAACGUGACAACGUCGUGGAAAUUGGUGCACCAUUUGAUGAUUUUACCAUUCAACGCGGUAUGACGUCAUUGAAAUUUUACCAUGAUUUUGAUUGGGAACUUGAUUAUUUAUGCUACGCAUUUGGACCAUGUUGGGAACCUGUAAUGGCGCAAUAUAAUCUCAGUUUUGAGAAGAUUCUUGCACCAUCGAAAGAUCCAAGCCUUCCACUUCCAUUUUGGGAUAAAAUGCGUUUACUCUUUCAUGGUCGUUUAACAACAAUCGCAAAGCAAUUUACAAUUCUUUUACAUGCUUCACUUGAUCCUUACAACACAACAGAAGAAAUGGAAUUAACUUGGAAUAAUUGCGGAAUUGUUUGGGCAAAUGCAAAAAUUAUGUUCAAAGGUGAUCUUCAAGUUUGGGUACGAACAGCAUCACGUUAUGAUGAUUGUCGUUUAAUUUUAUUACCGAAUUUAAAACUAACAUUUAAAUUGAAUUGGAUUUGUAAUGGAAACCCGAAUGAUCAUCAUUCAGUGAUGCCAUGUGCACCUGAUAAACUUCCAGAAUAUUCAAGUAAUCAAGUUCACGAUUCGUUUCGUGCAUUCCGAUCGCAAAAUCUUAACAUUUCAUGUUCAUUUGAAACGAAGCAAAGUUUAAAUGGUGAACUACCAAAGCUUGAUUUGUAUGGAAGCACAUUGCGAUGGUUUGAGAGUUUAAAGUUGAUUUUAUCGGGCGUAACGCGUCCAACACGACGUGGACCGGUGUUCAACAAUGUUCGACCAAAGAAAAAGCAAUUAAGUCGUCAUUAUAAGAAAGCACAUCUUCAAAUGAGUAUGCAUUCGUUUCAAGUUUGCUAUUGGAUGUCGCAUGCACUUCAUCGUGGGUUUCAAUUGAAUGGUGGUCGAAUUUCUUACUCAAGUGAACACAUGUUGGCAUUAAAUCCUAUCGAUGAUGGAUUAAUUCAUCGACCAAGAGCUGAUUGGAGCAUUCUUUACAUGAAUUGUGAAUUGAAUGAUGCUGAGAUUUGGUUACGAUCAGUUGCUAAUAGUGAUAAGAAUGACUCAAGUUCUGAAAGUAUUCCAAACAUUUCGCGUGAUAUUUGUCGCGAUUAUUUCUUAAGUGUCGCGAAAGUUUCUUACGGACGUGAAGCGAUGGUCAACAUUGAUGAUCGAAGACAUAAAGAAAGUCCAACACAUAAACUUGUCGUUCAUGAUUUGAAAGGUGCAUGGACAAAGAACAACCGCGACAUUGCUUUUGGUUUGUUUGAUUCAUUUUGGAAGUCACAAAAAUUAAAAGCAAAUCUUUCGACAGAAGCUUUAAAAGGAAUUCGUAAAGAAGUUUCGAAAAGUCAAUCAAUUGAUUUACAAACAGCAACAACAACGAAUUUGGGUAAAAAUAAACCACAUCAGCAAACAUCACAAUCAAUUUCAAUGCUUCAGAAGCUUGUAUCAGAAGCCGAUCAUAAACUUGUUGUGUUUAGUGAUGAUUUAUCAACGCAAACAACUGAACAACAAAUGAAAGGAUUAAAAGCAUGUCAAGAUAAUGACGUAGCUCAUUACAAUUGGUUCAUUUCUUUGGUGAAUUCACAAGUAUUGUUGAAAGGCUGUGAAACUUCCGGUUAUGUGAUUUUAAGUGCUGCAAAAGCGGAAAUCUUUCAACGUGUUCAUCGACCAGUAUGGCGUGAUAGUGCAGUUGUGUCAAAGACAACUUGGGUUGGUUCACUUGAAUGCAUGCAAUAUUAUGCGACAGUUAAUGAUGAAGAGACGACAGAAAUGGCGAAAAUCAUGUGGCUGACACUUGACAACAUUCAAGAGAGUGACAAAAGUUGCCCGACAACAACAUCAACAACGCACGCGACAGAGUUCUCUGACAUACCACACUUGGUUGCCAAUCUUGCAAGUGGACAAAGUGUCGGUGGCGUUGUGUCAGUUGGAUCGAAUGUUGGUGAAUUGAGCGAUAAAUCAACACCAAAUCAAUUACAAAGGAUUGUGUCACGUUGUAAAUGUGAAUUCUUUUAUGUAAGUUAUGGUGAAACGACAAUCGAUAACAUGACAGAAUUGCCGGCACUUCCACCAUCGGAAGAAACUUUAAGUCCUUGGGAGAAGCAAGAUGAACCAGUUGAUGCUUUUACUCUAAUGCAUCACGAUUUAGAUGUUCAAACAUCAUCAACACAAUAUUCAAUGAUUCUUGACAUUGUUAACAAUCUUCUGCUUUAUGUUGAUCCAAGUCGAAGAGAACGUCACGAACGUUUGAUAAAGAAAAGAUUUGAACUUCAACUUCACAGUCAUGAAGAUCAAAAACGACCAAUUCAACAUCUUCAAACUGAAAUUCUCAGUCUGAUGUCACAUUUGAGAAGUCUUGAGAAGGAUAUUCAUUUCAUUGCGAAAGCUCGUGUUGAUGGCGAAGACACGGAAGAAUUGAGAAAUGAAUACAAUGCAGUGCAGAAGAUGAUUAAAGAUUGCAAAGAAGAACUGACGUUCCAAAGUGAUGAACUCGACAUGAUGUUGUCGUGUUAUAAAGAGACACAAUUGAAUGCUUCGAAUAAACUCGCAAUAAGAACAGAUAAGCCAUUGUCGAUUGUUAGAUGUAAUGAAAUUUGUUUUAAACAUGCACAGUGGAGAUUGACAGAAGAUGAUGGACAAAUAGGAAUUGCAGAUUUGAUUUUGAGUAACUUUUUGUAUACGAAAAAUUCAAAGAGCGAUGAAUCGAUUGAACAUUUGUUAGAACUUGGUUACAUUCGAAUUAAUAAUUUAAUUCCAAGUGACACUUAUAAAGUCAUUUUAAGUCCAACGGAGAUUCAACGUGACAUGCCGAUUGACCACAAACGAGUUCUUCGUGUGUUUUGUCGUGAGAAGCCGCCAGUUGGUGGAAUAUCUGUAAAGGAACAUUUUGAGAUUAACGUGGUUCCAAUCACCAUCGCAAUCACGAAGAAAUUUUACACAACAAUGUUGAAAUUUUGCUUUCCUGAUCGUGACACUUCAGCUUAUGUUGAAGAGAUUGACGAUGCAAAGCCUUCGACAUCGAAGAAAAGUUCACGUUCAAAGAAGCAUUCGAAGGAUUCCAGUUUUUAUGUGAAGAUUGAGAAAGAUGAUGCUGAGAUUAUGCGUGAAAGAGCGAAACAGAACAAAUUGUUCAUUUAUAUCAAAAUUCCUCAAGUUCCUGUUCGUUUAAGUUACAAAGGGAAUAAAGAGAAGAAUUUGGAAGACAUCACAAACGUAUGCUUAACAGUUCCGAAUCUUGAGUAUCAUAACGUGACGUGGACAUGGUUGGAUUUAUUAUUGGCAAUGAAAAAUGACAGCAGAAAAGUUUUAUUGUCACAGGUCAUAAGUCAGAAACUUAAAAUGAAAUCUCCGCUGUCACUUAUUGAAGAGAAACCACAAGACGAGGAUGAGAAGAUUCGAAUAAUUUUCGGUCAUCGACAUGCGAAUAACGAAGCCAAAAGUUCAAGCAAAUCAAAACUUAAUAAGAAAUGAUUUAUGGAAUGUUAGAAAGUUUCUCUUGUUUUGUUAAAUGUUUAUCAUCACUAAUAAAAUAUUACUUACAUGGGCACAGAUCACAAGAAUGUUGUUUUCAAUAGAUUAUGCGGAAUCAUAGAAAUUUAAUUAGAAAAAGAAGAGUUUUUAAUUCUAUUUUCAGAUUAUCCCAUUUCAAUUCCAAUUAUCCAUUCAUUAGACCUUUAUUUAGACCUUUAUUCGUACUCUUAUCCGACCUCAUUAGCAAGCUCCGAAAACAGCAAAAAGAUUAUUUAAAAUUAUUUUCCAUCUUCCCAAAUCAAAUUCAUGCAUAAAUUAAAUUACAAUUUCGAAUUUUUUCCUA